UUUAUAACUCUUAUCAGAGGCAUCUUAAUUACGAUCGUCAUUAAAGUGAGUCACAUACAUGUCCUAACAUGUAAUCUUAGUAACGGUGCCGUUCAAUAUCCGGUGAAUAAGAGUCGAUUGCAGUGAAAUACCUUUUCAUGGUAUGUAACGUCUAAAUUGUCCUGUACCUGACGUUAUAACAAUAACAUGGGAACUACACGGAAAUACGUGUCGGUGUUUCUUGACCAGCGUCUUUAUUUCUUAAUUUCACGUGUCAUCGCCCAUGCGUUGGACUUCCUAUUUUCAGUGCGGGCGUGAGAGUACUUAAGCCAACACGCGUUCACUUCCAUCAUAUUUGAACUUCGAGAGAUAUCUGGCAUAAGAUAAUUUACAAAUUAUUUUAGUGUACAGUUUUAUCGACAACAACAUUUCUUUAAUAAACUUGUUCAUUUUACCAAAAGUUAUGAAAAGCAUAGCAAUUAUUUUAGUUUUUGCUUACCUCUCCUUCGACGUGGGGUUUGGCAAACCUUUUGAUCGCCAUGGAAAACACGGAGGUAAAGUUAGCAGAGGGAGGAGACGAGGCUUGGUCAGAAAUUCAUUUGAUGGAAUGAACUACCUUCAUGAUUUUGGGUACGUGACAGAGACAGCUAUGAGGUCCAGGAUAGCUCCUGGAACAAUGAUGAAAUCGGCUGUGAUGAAAUUCCAGAAAUUAGCACGAAUUCCAGAAACAGGUGAAAUGGACGAUAAGACCAUGGAAAUGAUGAACGCCCCACGCUGUGGAAAUAAAGACUUCCAAGACGGUGAGCAUGGAGGAGGCACUAGAAAGAAGAGAUACGUUUUGCAAGGAAACAAAUGGGGAAGAGACGAAGUGACUUAUAUGAUUAUGAACUACACACCGGAUCUGACACGGCAAGAGGUAGAUGACACCAUAAGAAAAGCUUUCAAGUUCUGGGCAGAUGUUACCCCUCUGAGCUUCAAGCAAGUGUACCAACACCCAGUUGAUAUUGAAAUUCGCUUCGCGGGGGGUGACCACACGGACGGCUAUCCCUUUGACAGCGAGGGUGGAGUAUUGGCACACGCUUUCCCGCCACCAGCAGAUGGGGUCAGUACUGGACUCUCUGGUGACACACAUUUUGAUGAGGCCGAAAAAUGGACAGUCAGGAGCCACAAUGGCCGUAAUUUACUGUAUGUCGCAGUACACGAGUUUGGUCACAGUCUGGGGUUGUACCAUUCCGGUGAAAUAGAUUCCAUUAUGUAUCCAUUCGCACGAGGCUAUGACCCUGAUCUUAAACUUGACGCCGAUGACAUCUCUGGAAUACAGGCUAUUUACGGAGCUCCUCGAUCAUCAAGUACAACCACCACAACAAGCACAACCACCACAACCACAACAACGACUACGACCCCUAAACCUACUGUGGCACCAGACAGCGUGUGCGCGGGCUACGCUGAUGCCAGCACCGUGGCAAUGGACGGCAGAACAUAUAUUUUCAGAGGUCGAUACGUCUACCAGCUUACCUACAGCGGUAUCGGGUUGGAGCCGGGAUACCCUAAAUUUAUAUCUGAAGUCUUCCCUAACGGCCCCAGCACGGUGGAUGCUGCUCUGACCUACUACAAUAACCGCGUCACUUACCUUUUCCAGGGGGCAAAUUACUGGCGGUUCAGUAAAGACUCCUAUGGGAGAAUUCAGCAAGACGCAGGAUACCCCAAAAGUAUUAAAGAGGCAUGGGGCUUGGAUGUUACUGAUAUUGACGCUGUAUUCCCAUGGAAUGAUGAACUCUAUUUUGUGAAAGGAAGUUACUAUUACCUGCAUGACGGCUACUACCCCGUAGCCGGCUACCCCAAACACCACAGCACUCACAAGGCGCUCCGCUACCUGCCCAAAGUCAACGCAGCAGUACACUGGACAAACAAGAAACACUAUUUCUUCGUGGACAACACUUACUAUCGCUGGACACACAAUAAUGGAAAUGGUUACAUGACCGGACCCCUGGACACUGCAGCCAAUUGGCUGGGCUGCCGAAAUACCAAGUACUACUGAGCUGAGACCGCACCAUGAGAAUUAUCGCUGUGAUACCAAAGUGAACUGAAACUUACUCAGGAAUUGCUGUGCAAUUUUAAUGACGAUUUAAUCACCACCAAAAAUAAAUUAAUGAUAUAUUAAGGCAUGAUUUCUUUUAUAACAUGCACUUCAUGUAAAUUCAUGGUUAUAAUUUAGAUUUUAAUUAUGAGUUGUUUGAUCAGACAUCAAACAUGCAUCAAAUCAAACAACUGGAAGAGAUGAAAUGAUAACUGUAUUUUAUACAUUACGUCUCAAAUGUUAACUGAGACCCUUAAAUAAUUUUAUGCUUUGAAAGCAUUAUCUUAUUCAUUUAUAUCGAAGUCAUAUUUUUGUAUUUAAAGUUUUUAACUGUGUCUGUCUUUUUGAUGCGGUGAAAAGUAUGUUGAUCGUGUCUUUUUCGAAGCACGUUAAAUAUUUAUUUUCUAUUUUAAACAUG